UGGAACAUCACGAGCCCACGAUGACUCAACAGACUGAGCAGCGGCGGAAGGGCACGGCCAAGGGAUAACUCGCUCCCAUCAGGACCACUGACAGCUGGACUUCCUCGCUCCGCCCACUGGCUUCAUCCCUCGAUCCUAUUGCAUACAAAGUUAUCAGUCAUUCAAGCGGCCCUUCCUUAUUGGCUGAAAUCUAGUUAACCUGGCAACAGUAUGCUAUUUCAGAGACUUUCCAACGCGCCUUGUGAAUUCCUCUUCUACGCUUCAGUGGCUUCCGAGAGCGAGUUGCUAUUGGUUCGAUUGCUUGUCGGUCAGAAGGGCUGGACUUCUGGUUUCCGCAACAACCUCCAUCUCUACUUGAGAUGGGCAGUCUAGUCAUACUCUGUUCCGCCUGCCGAGCGCGUUCCAAGUUGCGAUUGGUUGGAGCGAGAAAGGCGCCGUGUGCGGCGGCGGCCAUGUUUGUUACUGGUGUUGGCUGCGAUUGAGUCACUAGGGCGUGGCACCGUGCCCGAGCCUCGCUCCCCCCAUCUCUGUAUUGUUAUCGCCACUGCCUCACCUCCUCCUUUCUGCCGCUCCUCACACGGGUGGCGCACUUGUCUCUCAGCCGGCGACAUAAGGCGCAGUUUCCCUGUUCUGCCGCUGCCGGGUGUAGCCAGUGCCGUCUCCCGCCAUGGAUGAGCAAUCUCCAGACAUUUCCUCCAGUCACUCGGGGGACGAGAGGAGGGAGCCGGCUCAGCCGGGGGAGAGGAAGCCUUGGGAUGAUUUCGAUGACGUGCUGGACCUGACCGGGGGAGCGGGACAAUUCUCUCAGCCGUUCUCUGGAUCCCACCCGGCCCGGGACAUUGAGGAGGAGGAGGAGGAUGAGGAAGAGGAGAGGGGCGCUUGGAAGGACAGUCUGGAGCCUUCGCCCGUAGAGGAAGAGCCCGGCAGCAUCGACAGCAUCAGCCCCGUGUCCCCCCACUCCCCCGCCGUGCCCAGCGCCCCCAUGGAGGAGCCCGAGAGGCCGCCAGCGCCGUGUACUGCCCCCUCCGGAUCUGUGGAUGAGAACCUUUUCCCUCUUCCUGCUGCAUCUGCGCACCUGAUGCACGCCUCUGCAGACAAAAUAAUGGAGCCUUAUAGCACUGUAUCUACUGGCCAAGAGGAAUUUGCAUCUGUGCUGCUUCAGUCUACUGCUUCCCUCUCUUCUUUGCCUUCUCUGUCCACUGAUUCUUCUAAAGAGCAUGCAGAAACUGUCGCUUUUCCUACUGGCUUAGCUGCCACUGAAGCUUUGCAAGAACCCACCGAUAACAUGUAUAGCGUAUCGAGGAUCACCGGUCAUUUACCAUUAUCCGAUAAUUUAGAAACUAAAGCUUUAGACCAAGUUAAAGAAGAGGUGAUCUUUUCCGAGAAGGGUUAUGUAGUUGAUCAUCCAACAUCACAACAAGAGACCAUCUCUGAAGAGCAUGCUAAGUUGUAUUCCCAGUCUGCUAAAGAGAUGUUUUCAGGUAUGCUUCAGUCUGUUGCACCUCCUCAUGAAGAGUUUACUGAUAUCAAGGAAGUCUAUGAUCCGUACGUUGACUUCAAACCGUUCAUGAGUUCAAAGUCAGGUGAUGUUGGCUAUGAAGUGAGUGAUGUUGCAGAAAAAUUUCAAGUUGAUGUUGGCCGUCUAAACUUAGAAAGCGCAGUAAAGCAUGAGGAGAAAUCUAGUGAAGAGAUGGAAAUUGACUCCAUUUCAGAUGAUAUUUCUCCAUUGACACCUGAACUUUUACCAGAUUCCACAGACUAUGAUAUGUUUGCUACUGUGGAGCAAAACAUUCCUUUUUCUUUCGGGGGAGGCCAUGUGGCUGGAAAUAAAACAGAUGAAAAAAAGAUUGAAGAUAUUGAAGCUCAGAAAACCUCUGUGGGUUUUGGUUUGAAAGUUGCAACAGUCAAUCCAUUCUAUAAUGAAUCAGCCCAAGAAAGUGAGUAUGUUACAACUCAUGUUGCAACCCAUGUUUCCACCAAACCAGAGGGUCCAACGCCAGAUAUUGUACAGGAAGCCUAUGAGAGUGAGGCUUAUGAUACUGGAAUACCAAAGCAAACGUAUGAAUCAAAUGUUGAUUUAGUCCAGACAGCUGCUAAUUCUGUGCAGGAAAAAGUCAGCCCUACAGCACAAGCUCCUGCACUCCUUGAAGAGACUGACUCUGUCUCUUCACCAGUUUUGCCUGAUAUUGUCAUGGAGGCACCUUUGGCUUCUGCUUUAGAAACAGUUGCUCUUAAACCAGAUAUAUCUCCAGUAGGUAUUAAGCCUCCUGCCCGAGUUGAAAAGACCAAGGCUGAACCUGAAAAGCCACCAUCCUAUGAAGAAGCUGUAACUGAAGUGUUGCAAAAUCAGGACCUUGCUGCUGCUUUAGGGGGCUCCAAACAAGGAGCAGUGGUUGAAGAAACCGAAACACCCUAUAUAUCCAUAGCCUGUGACUUGAUAAAGGGAACCGAAUCUGUUGCCUCCGGUUUUACAGAGUUUUCUAAACUUAAGCAGAAUGAGUUUGAGUCACAGUUCAUGGAGCCCUCCGAUGAAAGCUCACCAGAUUCUGAGUGCAGCGAACCUUCGUACAAGCAAUGGGAUUCUGAAGUUGUCCAGAAAGAGGCUUUCUCUAUUAAAACAGAAAGUGUAAAUGCACAAAGCAUCAUUAUUCCAGAACAAAAACAAGUAUUCGAUCAAAAAUCAGAAGAGUCUUCUCCAUCCAAAUCUUAUUUAGACUCUUUCCAACCUGAGAUUUGUGUUUCUAAAGAUACUUCUGAUCUCUUUGCAAAGGGACUAACUACUCUGCUGCAAGAGAAGCCUCUACAGAUGGAAGAAUUGGAUGAAGGUCUCUCUUUGGAAAAAUUACCCUGUACAAAAUAUUCACCAGUGAGUGAGAGUCCAGAGCCCAGGCCAUCCCCAGUUCCAGAAGAUCUGAGUUCUAAACUUGGUGACAUUCAGAAGGAAGUGCUAAUUGCCAAGCAACCCGAAGACAAGGUUCAGAAAAAUAAAUCCAACCUUGACUUUGUGCCAGAAAACAUAGAAUUUACCCCAGCUGUUCAGAAGCCUGAUGACUCUGGUAAAGCCGUCUCUGAUACUUUUGGUGGGGUAGAUACCACCACUAAGGGUGGUUCAGCAGUUCAUGAAGUAAAAGUCGAUAAACCUAAACCCCCUUCGAAGGAAGAUGAUGGUUCCAAACUUCCUAAAAAAGAAAGCAAAGCUUCUACAGUAUCCUCGUCUGAUUUCAUGAAUUCAGUUGUCGACCUUAUUUACUGGCGGGACAUUAAGAGAUCCGGAGUGGUGUUUGGGGCAAGCUUGUUCCUCCUGCUCUCUCUGAGUGUGUUCAGUAUUGUCAGCGUGCUCGCUUAUAUUGCCCUGGCCCUGCUCUCAGUCACCAUCAGUUUAAGGAUAUACAAAGGGAUUCUGCAGGCCAUCCAGAAGUCAGAGGAAGGACACCCAUUCAGAUCCAUCUUGGAGUCCAACCUGGCGGUGCCAGAGGAUCUGGUCCAGAAAUACUGCAAUGUGGCCCUGAACCAUGUCAACUGCACAGUCAAGGAGCUGCGGCACCUCUUCCUUGUAGAAGACCUGGUGGAUUCCCUGAAGUUUGCAGUAUUGAUGUGGGUCUUCACCUAUAUUGGUGCCUUGUUCAAUGGUCUCACCCUGCUCAUUGUGGCACUGAUUUCCCUGUUCAGUAUUCCUGUCAUUUAUGAAAGGCAUCAGACUCAAGUGGAUCACUACCUGGCACUCGUAAACAAGAAUCUCAAGAGCACAUCAGACCUGAUUCUCUCUAAAGUUCCCGGGCUGAAACGCAAAGCUGAAUAGAAGCCAUUGACUGUAUAAAUAGGAGCCUCAGCAUUGGAGCAUUGGGAUAACGCUGCCGGGGGUUGGGGGGACACCUUGACGUCACUGAUUUUUUUUUUUGUUUUGUUUUAUUUUUUUGUUUUGUUUUUUUUAAAGCAGUGGCGCAGUGUUUAUGGGAGAAUAAAUGCAAGCGUUUUACUGGCACGUGUUUCUUUGGGAGUAUUGUGAGCUGCUGUGUUUGGGUUUGAGACUCUUUCCCUGUUCCUGGUGUGAUUAAUCCAGAGGAGUCUGCGCAUGCUGUAUAUUGCGCUUCCAUUGCACUGCGUGUGUGUGCGCUCAUUCACUAAAUGGGUAAAAACCGAAUCUGCUCUCCCCUCAGUGCUGAACGGCCUCCAGUAAUGGGAGGUUCCGGCCCGUAACUCGCUUGUGUCGCUCUCUUGUGAUUUGACUCUUUUACUCUCACUUGCCAACAUCUGUAUCGUCCCUUCAGCCUGUCGCUUCACUCACUUGUCAUAAUGAGCGUUUUUUUAUUUUAGAGAGGCCGAUCUAAGCGCUAGCUCUGUAGCACAUGCGUGUCUAGAAACACUAUUGUCUGGUAAGACUGGGGGGGGGGGUAGGGUUAAGGUUAGGGGUUUGCACAAGGAGAGUCACUUUUCCUGUGAAAUGAAAUGAUGCAGAUUUAUGUGAAACUUUGUGUUGCAAGAAUGUGACAUGUGUAACCGCUGCUGAAAUGCGCCGACGCAACUCUUGGAAUGCCUUGUGAUAUGUACAACCAGAAACCAAUAAACGCUUGUAGAACUUAA